AUGUCGGAAGGUAAAGAUAUUCUCUAUGAGGUCAGAGAGAAAGUAACAAUUAUAACUUUGAAUAACCCCAAAAAAUUGAAUUCCUUGGAUAAACCUCAAUAUAUCUUAUUAGCUAAAUUGAUGGAGAAGGCUGAUAAGGAAGAAGGCACGGUAUUAACCAUUCUUCAAUCAACAGGAAGAUAUUUUAGUGCAGGGGCUCAGCUUGGAGGUAAAGACAUGCUUAAUUUAGACCCGUCGGUUUUGUUGAGCCAUGAGUAUUGGUUAAAUGAAUUUGUAUCGAAAAAUGUCUUUUUGACUGAUGUAUUUCACAACCAUACAAAGGUAUUAGCUGCUGCGGUAAACGGUCCUAUAAUUGGUGUGAGUGCAGCAAUGGUAGCAUUGUGCGACUUAGUGUAUGUUAUGGAUGAAACCAAAAUGCACAUCAUAACCCCAUUUACAGCUUUAGGAUUAGUUGCAGAAGGAGCUAGUAGUUCCACAUUUUUCUUGCGUUUAGGUUGGUCUAAGGCUGCGGAAGCAAUAAUUUUAGCGAAACCAAUACCAGGUACAGAAUUGAAUAAGUUAGGAUUCAUUAACAAAUCGUAUCAUGAGACCAAUUUUGACUCUGUAGAACAAUUUAAUCAGAAGGUUCACGAUGAUUUAGUUUCUCAAUUCAGUGGUUUGUAUGAGCCAUCCAUAUUAGCUAACAAACAGUUGUUAAAGGCCAAUAGAGACCAAUUGAUUAAUAGUGCUAGUUCUAGAGAAGUAAUCAAAACUUUCAAUAAUUUUGUGCAGGGAAUUCCUCAACUGAGGUUCAUGGAAAAAAUGCAACAAGCUAGAGAGAACAAAAUGUAA